CAAACCAGCAAUGAUCCAAAUGGUCUCGAAUAACCAAUUUGGAGGCUCAAAAGCUGAAGAUCCAAGGGCAAACAUGCUAUGGUUUUCGAGGACCUGCCAAACAUUUCAGUCCAACGGUUUAUCUAUGGAUCGUGUUAAACUAUCGCUUUUUCCCUUUUCCCUUCGGGAUCGUGCCGCCAGAUGGUUGAACACAUUUCCUAAUGGCCACUUCAAGACCUGGGAGGCAUUGCACCAGGCGUUCAUGCACGAAUAUUUUCCACCCUCCGCCAUGGUAAAAAUUAAGAACUCCAUCCAAAACUUCCGUCAAGCACCUAUGGAAUCAAUGAUCGAAGCAUGGGAAAGAUUCAAGGAGUUGAAGGUUAAAUGCCCACCUGCUUUAAUUGAUUCCGAUAGUUUGAUGUUCUACUUUUACCAAGGCUUAACGGUACCAUCUAAGAAGGAAUUGGACCACUCUUCUAAACUUGGUUCUUUUCUGGAGAUGACACCUGAGGAGAAUGAGGAGUUAGUAGAUAGACUUACGUCGAAUGCUAAAUAUUGGUACGAAGACCGAGCUCCUCCUCCUAAAGCUGGCAUGGUGAAAAAGAACAAGGAUGAAAAGGCUUUCCAAAAGUUUCUCGAUGUCAUUGGCCAAGUUGAGGUCAAAAUGCCUUUGGUAGAUGUGUUAACUGAAAUGCCCAAAUAUGGUAAGUUCUUAAAGGACCUCAUGCCUCACAUACCAGCAUACCCGACUGCCAUGCGUGCCGAUGUUCACCUGGUGGGUUCUGGACCCAUCCAUCGCUUUGAGAUGUGGGGUCGUCACCGCUCAUUGACGGAAUCUGUGUACUUAUCCUUGGCAGUUCUCACCGAAUAUGGAUACGCUGAAGAGAUGGAGCAGCUGCUACAAGGGACUAGGUGGCAUCGCCUCUUCAUGAUGCGGGCCGAGUCUAGCCUGCCACUGACGAUCGAGUUCCUGUGCUCUCUAGAGCUGGAGCCUUCUACAGGGUCGAGGUCGAUGAACUUCCAGUCCAUCCACUCUCGUACAACCCUCACUUUCACUCUCUUGGGGCGAGAAUUUCAGCUGACGGUCGCCGAUCUGGCUACACACUUUGGUCUCUACAGUUGGGAGGAAACAUCGGCACCGGAGUUUGAUACCGCACCAUACCUUCUCCCCACAGACAUUGAUCUAGCUAUCUUCUGGGCGGAACACUCUUCCGAUCCAGACCGUUUCGAGGGCAUGGGCCGAGCCAGUCAGUCCAUGGGGAAUCGGACGCACAUUGUCUGCGGUUUCGUGGUCACCAUACUCUUCCGAUCCCUCGAAGGGUCGACACCUAUUCCACGGGCUCAGAUGAUGAUGCGAGAUUUGGAUGCCGGCAUGCUGAGGAACGCCCACAUCUGUCGAAGGUUGGGAGCUGGUUCUACCGAGAGCAACGCCGCCUCCUCAUCCGCGCCCUCGACCUCAGGAGCAUCCUCACAAGUCUCAUCUAGGAGAGCCACUCGCCGCCGACCCACUCCUCAGGCCACCCCAGCUACGACCCAGGCAGAUCCGACCCCUGAAUGGGCCAGGAGGAUCCUGGAGCAGCAGGAUACCAUCCUGCAGAGGAUGUCCGAAAUCGGACAACAGCAGGCAUCCCAGGCGGAGAACUUUGCUCAGCUUCGGAGGACAUUUACUAGCUUUUACUCGGAUGUGCACAUCUGGCUCACCCCACGUUCUCCUGAGGGCGACGAUCCAUCCGCCUCAGUUCCUCCCCCUUCGUGAUCUUCAUAUUAUUUUCUAUUGAGAAGUUUUAUUUCUUUUCGUUUAUGAGCAGGAAUUGAUGAUCAACUGGACUUGUUGGAACUUCUUAUUUUCCGCCGGUAACAUUAACUUAUGCACUUGCUCUAUUCCUAUUUCAAUCAACUUCUUUUGACUUA